AGAGCGAGAGGGUGAGCAUCUUCUGCAGGCAUCCAGGCCGCAGAGGAGGCUUCUGAUUGGUUGCUGGUAGUCAGCGACGUCAGCAUCGCAGGCUGGGAGAGUGGAGAGGAAACACAGCGAGGCUGGAAGGGAACCCGUUGCACUCAAAUGGGUGAUCAGAUCUGAGGGCACUCCACAGCUGCAGCUUGAAAUCUUGUGAUUUCUGCGCAUAUAAAUCAUUGCCUGAGCGACGUGUUACCCAGACCAGACCCUUCCCUUUAGGAUUAGCACUGCAGACCACUGACCCUCAGACUCCAGCCAUGAACUACCUGCGCCGCCGUCUCUCUGACAGCACCUUCAUCUCCAACCUGCCCAAUGGCUACUUGUCGGACCUCCAGAAGCCCGAAUCAUCCCAGCCGCCUCCACCCAACUCAACGGCCGAAGGUGGUCAGCAGGCCACCCCUCCGCCCGUCAUUUCUCCUACUCCUGAGCGGAAACCCCAGCCAGCUGUCCAGCCCUCAGGGACAGGCUUCUUCAGCUCCAUCACCAACGUGGUGAAGCAGACCGCAGCCUCGGCAGGGCUGGUGGAGCAAACCACCAUCUCUAUGGCUAAGAAGUACAAGAUCCUCCUUGUCAUUGAUGAGCCCCAGCAGGACUGGCCCAAAGUUUUUAAAGGCAAGAAGCUACAGGGAGAUUAUGAUAUCAGAGUGGAACAGGCGGAGUUUCGUGACCUCAGUGUGGUUUCCCAUGCCAACGGGACCUGUAAUGUGGCUAUGCAAGUCCUGAGGAAUGGAACCAAGGUAGUGAGGUCGUUUAAGCCGGACUCUGUGCUGAUCCGACAGCAUGCCUUCAGCAUGACUGAGAAUGCAGACUUCCGCAACCUUGUCAUCGGGCUGCAAUAUGCAGGCAUCCCUAGCAUCAACUCACUGGAGUCUGUUUACAAUCUCUGUGACAAACCAUGGGCGUUUGCUCAACUGAUCAGCACACACAGGAAACUUGGAGCAGAGAAAUUUCCACUGAUUGGACAAACUUUCUAUCCAAACCACAAAGAGAUGGUAACCAUGCCAACCUUCCCUGUUGUUGUGAAAAUUGGCCAUGCACAUUCUGGUGUGGGGAAGGUGAAGGUAGAUAAUCACUCAAAGUUCCAGGACAUAGCGAGCGUGGUGGCUCUCACACAGACCUACUCAACAUCUGAGCCCUUCAUCGAUUCCAAGUAUGAUAUCAGGAUUCAGAAAAUUGGCAAUGAUUACAAAGCGUACAUGAGGACCUCUAUCUCAGGAAACUGGAAGUCCAAUACUGGCACUGCCAUGCUUGAACAAGUGGCAAUGACUGACAGGUAUAAGCUUUGGGUGGAUACCUGCAGUGAGCUGUUUGGAGGACUUGAUAUUUGUGCAGUCAAAGCUAUUCAUGGCAAGGAUGGGAAAGACUAUAUUACUGAGGUGGUGGGCUCCUCCAUGCCACUAGUGGGCGAUCACCAGACAGAGGACAGACAGCUCAUCGCUGACAUGGUUAUUGCCAACAUGAACCAGGCUAUGGCACAAAACCCCAAGAGACCAACUACAAUCCAGCCAACGCAGAACAACAGUCAGAAGGAAGCCAUGACAGACCUGAAGAAGACUCCGCCCCAAAAACCUCCGCCCCAGGGUUGUCUGCAGUACAUUCUCGACUGUAAUGGCGUUGCAGUAGGUUCAAAACCAGUCCAGGGAAACUGAGGUGGGAGAGAAGCCAGAGUAACAUCACUCUUCCCAGGCUGAGCGCUAGAGGCAGGCUAAGGGCAGGCUCAGUCAGGUUUCUGUAAGGGUGGUCACAGAGAAACCCUGAACUGUGUUUUUUCCUGUGCAGUGUAAUCUGUACUUCAGCUGUGUGCUUGGGAGGGUUGCUUGUGUUUCUGUGUAUAGCGGUUGUGUUCUUCAGGGCUGUAUUGUGUGCUGUUAUGAGCAGACUAUGUCCACAUAGUUUAGUGUUGUUUCUCUCAUCAUGUACUUUGUUUCUUUGAUUCUUGUUAUCCCUGCUGCUGUCACCAUGUCAGUGUUUGCUUAUCAGUGGCGUUCAAACUGUGAUUUGGUCAGCAGUUUGACAUUGUGUGUGCAAUAUAUGUGUGUGAGUGUGUGAGUGUGUAUGAUCAUGGUGGAAAUUAUAUAAAUAGAAAUGUAUUGAUAUACAUA